AUCCAUGUCAAGCUGGUGGGUGUUGAGUUUUCAGUACAGAGUAAACUUCUCCCUUGAUUUUGUAUAGAAGAUGGCAACAGAAACCUUGAUCGCUGUGGAUGAACAAGGUAGCUUAUGUCAAAGGUGUAAAUUAUUAUUUUCAAGGGAUGGCUUCUCACAACUACUUUCUACAAAUACAUUCAGACACUCAAAACUUGCGACUUUCCCAGACCGACCAGAUUGCCGAUUCUGUAGUUACCUUUGGAACGAGGAUUUCAUCGGAGGGUCUAUAAAUGUGCUCACAACGCGACGCCUGCGCGAUUUGAUUUACCCUACAUCUGGUAAAAUAAAACCAGAGAAACAACAUGAACUUGCCGCAUGCUGGGUAGUCAUUACGCGUCCCAUAAGAAACCAAUACAUUAUGGGAAUUUCUGGAGCUGUCGCUAGUCUAGAACCUCUUACGAUAAACACUGACUUGAUUCAAGUUCAAGGUGUUGACAGAAUAUUCAUAGCCAUAGAAUCGGACGGAGGACGUACUAAGUGGCAGGCAUUCCGGCCAUUGCGACUGGUUGUUUCUAAAGAUAGUCCAUUAGCAUCAUUUACCAAUUUUCGACCUAUUGAAUGGGAUGGUUUAACUAGGAGAUGGACCGACGAUAUUAAGUCGAUGCUUGAACAUUGCCGAACAUCGCACCCUCAAUGCCAACCAUCUGGCCCAACGCCACUUCCAUCACGGCUGUUGCAAAUCAGGGGAAGUAAGAAGGCCUUUCCAGAAGUACGACUAGUCGAUACGAGAAAAGGAUUCGGAAAAGAAUUGUAUGCAGCCUUGAGUUACUGCUGGGGAGGCCCGCAGCCACUGGAACUAACAAAAGAUAAUCUCGACGUUCUCCUUAACAAUGAUCUAGACAGCGUUUCCCUCCCACAGACAAUAAAAGACGCAAUUCUAGUGACACAAUCCUUAGGGUUGAGUUACUUAUGGAUAGAUGCAUUAUGUAUCAUUCAAAAUGACCCCGAGGAUAAGAAGAAAGAAAUCAGCCAGAUGUGUACCAUUUAUCAAAACUCUUUUGUUACUAUCGCCGCUGCUAUAUCUACCUCCGUUCAUGAGAGUUUCCUCAAUAAUGCGGCAACGUUCAAUACACGACAUGCCACCUGCACUGUCCCUUUCACUGAUAGUUGCGAGGACGGCUGUGAUCUUAAAAGUCUCAAUAGCAUCACUAUCUCACCUGUACACGCGCAUAAGACCGACGUUUUUCCUUUGAAUAAAAGGGGUUGGACAUUUCAAGAGGCUCUGCUCCCUCCACGACUACUAGUAUUCGGAGAUCUCGAACCAUUCAUCCGAUGCCGAACAAAGAAUGUGAUGAAGAAAUCAUGGAGCUCCAUCGACUACGAGCUUUCUGCUGUGUACCCUCGGCGAAUCAUUGAUAGCAUCGCAAGUCGUCAAGCUCACGAAGACGGCCUAUUUGUGGAUACGAAAGGAGGCGACCUCGACAAUAUCUGGCGAGAGAUCGUGGAGCAGUACACUCUUCGCCAGCUCGGUUAUUACACAGACAGACCGGUCGCUAUCAGUGGUGUGGUAGACUUCCUUUCCAGCACUUUUCAGGAUAAGUGCCACUUCGGCGUCUGGGAGUCAUCACCAAUAACAGGGUUACUAUGGAAGACUAUGCCCUUAGAUGAACGAAGGAGUAUCAUCGGCCUACCAACUUGGUCUUGGAUGUCGAUAACCGGUUCCGUAGAUUUGGAUUGUGUUGUUUACUUUGACAAGCCAGAAGCGUUAGUUGAGUGGGACACCAAUUCUUCGCACAGUCGGCUACUGGUAUCGUGCCAUGUUUUAAAAGGAGAAGGUGUAUUUACUAGGACGGGAAAGACUGGUCCUAAGGUACUGAUCGAAUGCUGGUCUGAUUUUUCCGAAGGCUCAGCUGAAUAUCACUUCCUACCAGAAGAGCAGUCGUCGUUCCUAGUGCUCGCACGCGAGACAAAUGGGCGCUUCCUGGCACUGGUUGCGGCGUGCCAAGGGGACAAUGUUUAUCAUCGGUGCGGAUUGGCUGAGCUGAAUAUUCCAAGCAACUGGCAGUUGGGAUUACGCAAUCAGAUUGUUCUAGUAUAAUGCUAAUGCAACGGCUUAUUAAAUUUUAAGAGUAAAUAUAAGGGUGUCUUAUUUUAUUGCUUCCCUCUUUCUUAUCUCUGCUAGGAUAAUUACUUGAUUGAUGGUUUUAGAAGAAUGAGGUUUCAUCUUAGAAUGCGUGGCUAGGUAAUACUCUAGUAGGAGGAUUGCAUAUAAUUAUAGCGACGCUAGGAUCAACUUUAGAAGGCGAUAGAAUAAGGUAUAUUGAAGCGAGUCUCCAAAAGGUUACUGACAUAUAUAGCCUUAGUAGGUACAUUACAUUUCGGUGAACUCCAAGUAUCAUUUCU